AAUGAAUGAAAAUAAAGAAAUGAUUCAACAUGACUAUUAAACACAACUCAAGGAUUUCUAUGAAUAAACAUAAGAGAUUGUUAGUUCAAUCUAAUAAGGAAUCAGAAUUAAGAAAGUAAAAAAUAUCAUCUAAUAUUCAAAGGAUAUACCAAUUCAAAUCAAUAAUUUAAUGGGAUAAUUGAAACCAAUAUUAGAAUCUAUAUCUUAGAAUGGUGAAAUUCAAAAAUAUAAUUGGCUACAUUUGAGAUCACUUAUUGUUAUAACAACUAGAGAUAUGUUAUUAAAUAUGCAGAAACUUUAUCCAUAUGAAAAGACUGCUUAAAAUGAAGGUUUUGAAGAUGAAUUAGAUAUCGUACUUCAAUUUCUUUGUGUUUUUGAAUAAAAGUAUAUUAUUUUCCCUCUAUUUAUAUCAGACCACCAUUUACUUUGCAAAGAAUAUGUGAAUUACUAAUUGAUCCCUAAAAACAUUAUAAAUCAUCAAAAAAAAUAUUAUUUGCCAUGGAAAAAUUAGUAAAUGUAAGUACAUGAUAUAAAAUUAUAAUAUUUUAUU